AUGACAAGCAUGAUACGCCAUGCUGCAAACGGACUCAAUCGAUGGACAAUUAGGACCAGACAUAAACACACAAUUUUGAGCGCUCAAACACGCAUUGCUUGUGCAGCAUCGACCAGCCAAACUAACCUCGAGUGGAUGAAAAAUCGCGAUCCAUUCUGCAAUGUAAGUGCGUCAAUUGCUGCUAAGAUUGGUGUCAAUCUCCAUCGUCAGCCCAAUCAUCCGCUACACAUUAUUAAGACCAAGAUUGAGAAAUAUUUCGAGACUUUACAUCAAUGCUACGGAGGUCCAAAAUUCACCAUAUUCGACAAUCUAGACCCAGUAGUAACGACUUACGAUUGCUUCGACUCAAUGCUUGUACCUAAAGAUCAUGUGAGUCGCAAGAUCACAGAUACUUACUACGUCGACCAGAAUCGUGUACUUCGUGCACACACAAGUGCACACGAGGUUGCUACUAUGAAGCAAGGAUAUACGUCAUUUUUAAUCUCAGGCGAUGUUUACCGUCGCGAUGAGAUUGACGCAAGUCACUAUCCUGUAUUUCAUCAGAUGGAAGGCGUGCGCAUCUUUACUGAUCUCGAUGUCAGUAUUCCACGAUCCGAGAAGGUGACUUAUGUAAGCAACGAGCUGAAACAAACGGUGGAAGGGAUGGCAAAGGAUCUUUUCGGUGACGUUGACAUGCGAUGGGUAGAUGCAUACUUUCCAUUCACAGAGCCUUCGUUUGAGCUCGAGAUCUUUUUUAAUGGUGAUUGGUUAGAAGUUCUUGGCUGCGGUGUAUUGCAUCACGAAAUUGUACGCAAUGCUGGUCUUGGUGAAAAUGUUGGCUGGGCCUUUGGGUUGGGUCUAGAGCGCCUUGCAAUGGUUUUAUUCGACAUUCCAGACAUUCGUCUCUUUUGGUCUCAAGAUAAGCGCUUUAUCUCGCAAUUUCAAGAUGGUAAAAUCACACGAUUCAAACCGUACAGUAAAUAUCCCGCUUGCUUUAAGGACGUGAGUUUCUGGCAUGACGAUAAUUUUCAUGAAAAUAAUUUGUUUGAAGUCGUGCGAGACGUUGCCGGCGACAUGGUUGAGCAGGUAGCAGUUGUGGACGAGUUUACGCAUCCAAAGACCCAGCGGACGAGCAAAUGCUACCGUAUCACGUAUCGUCAUAUGGAUCGUAACCUUACCAAUAGUGAAAUUGAUGGUCUUCAGGAAAUUGUUCGAGCUAAAAUUGUGCAGUAUCUCGGUUCGCCGGAUAUUGAUCUGAACGGUUUUCUAUUGCUGAAGUGUGACAUUGAAACGGAUGCAGAGAGUGAGAAGGCGGUCGUAAUAAUCGACACAAGUCACUUCGUGGCGAGAAGAGGUCGAGACACAAUGGAAGCGAAUGAUUGGAAGCGAAGAUAUCAUAAAGAAACAAAGGUCAACAAAGAAUUAGGUCGAAGGCUUCGCGAAACAAAAUGUCGAUUGGAAAAAGAAAUCGCGCGUACACAAAUGCUGAAUGAUGAGCUGCUACGAUACAAAAGCCUUGAAUAUUGCGAUGAAUUGACUAAAAAACCAAGUUUGAUGUGCUCCAAUUGUGAACGACUUGAGGCAGAGCUCGCAAAGCUUCAAUUCAUGCUUCGUACUGCAGAGAAUUCUUCGAGAGUUAAGACACUUUCUGUGGUGACAUCUCAAUACGAAGAUAGCAAGCGAAACGGGAUUGUGUUUGCUUCUGACUGCUCAAAAGUCGACAACUUGGACGCGAAAGAGAUCGCACCGGUGGCACUUGACGAUAAUUGUGAGGUUUCUCAGCGGAUAGAAGAAUUUAAUAGCAACCAAUUGGACGAUGAUUGCUAUUCUCUUACUGACAUGGUUGAGUCGUCUCUGGGAGAUUUAUUCAAGUAUGCUGUUGUAUUGGCUGGCCCUGUACCUAUCAAACCUAAAGCCAAGUCACGUUUAUCACUCACAGAUCGUUUUAAGCCUUUGGAACUUCCGCGCAUACGAAAUGUGCAAGAGUGUAUGGAACAAACUGAGCAUCAAGGAAGCGCAAAUGAGAGCAAUCGUCCACGAAGUGCACCCAAUAGCAAAGGACAAGCAACAUCACCAAAAGGAGGGAGUAUCUGGCCAUUAAAGCGCCAGUCUCAGACAAUUAUCAAUAAUGUUAAUGAAGCUCGAGUCCCAUCGCCAUUGAGACGAGUAGCGACUGGUUUUUUUUCAAGUUUUGUUCCAAAUGGACUGCGGGGUGGAACUCCUUCCAGUGCUCCAACCACUCCUCCAUUACCACCUACAGAUUCAGUAAAGGCGACUACACCACCUCGACCAAAUCUUGUCCCGGCAAGUAAGUUGUUGUGUGUCUAUCCCCCGCACGCUGGAGAAGUACAAGAACUCGAAGGUUUAAUAGAAAUUUGCUUUCCAUACGGAGACGAUCCACCCUCAACGAGUGACUUUUCAUUACCACAACUCAAGCGAUCGCUGCAAGAGCGACAUCGGACAUAUCGUAGUCUUGACUCGACAUUUGUUCUAACAAUUGCUAGUGCUAGCAAUCCAACGGAAAUUACAUAUGCCAUUUGCGUGCGUUGUCCAUUAUUUCCAGACAAAGAAGACGAUGUGAGCGAGACUCUCGAUCCAGCAUCUUUGGAGCCUCAAACACUUGCUGACGGACCGACUCAAUGUUGUUUAUGCUUAUUAAGUCCUUAUCCUUUCUUUGGACUAUUUUUCAAGGUUUUGUAUGGCAUAGCAGUUCUAUGGAAUACAAAACGAAGAGAAGCAUUGAUGGCGAAAAAAGAGAAGUUCGAGACAGAUCAAGUGGAGUCCAUGCUUGAAAAACCGCUGGGAAUGUUGGAUUUUGUCGAGGUGUUUCAAGGUGUGAUGGAACGUUUGAAAAAGAUGCCAAUACCUUCAAUGGGAGGAUGGAGUCGAAUGCUGCUUUCCCCAAAAAUCACGCAUUUAGCCUUCCAUCGACCUCAUAGUUCGAGUUUAUUGAUCGAACGACGACAUUUAGUUUUGGAAUAUGCCGCUCCAACACUUUUUGGAUUACUUUCUGUCGAUCAAGUGCUUUUUUUAUUAGGAUGUUUGUGUUCCGAGCGAAAAGUUUUAGUUGUGUCUGACCAUGUGAAUAUCGUGAGCUCCUGUGUAUUAGCCCUCAUUACACUCCUCCAUCCAUUACAAUGGGCUGGUCCAGUAAUCACUGUAUUACCACCUCGCUUAAAUGAAUUGUUGGAAGCACCCGUUCCAUUGAUUGCUGGACGUGUGUCGAUCAAUUGUGCUAUGAAAGAAAACUUUUCAACUUUGGAACAUCCAAUGCGAGAUGUGAUUGAAAUGAAUAUGGAUCAAAACGCUUUGCAUAUGCACGACGAGGAUUUAGUCACUUACCACGAACUUAAACUUCCAGAGGUUGACGAAUUGGUGCAUGAACUUGAGCCAUUCUCAGCUUUACUGUUUGGUAAACAUGAAGCACCAGACUUCCCAACGGUUGCACAAGACGAAGCAUGUAAGAUCAUGUGUGCUAGAAUUCAUCAUCAUAUCGAAUCGAUAUGCACUCUUGCAAUGAUAGAGAGGGAGGAAGGGACGAGAAAUGAGCCAAAUGAUUUUGAUGAAACAUCAGAUCAUGCAUCUUCAGAUAGUUCGUCACCAUCCAGGGGAUCGAUAACUCGACUUGGUGCCGAUCGGCGAUGCAGUGCGAUGGUUGCUGACUAUAUCAAUCGAUUUCAAGAAACUCAAAUGUUUAGUAUGUUAAAACUACACGCUCAAGGUGCACAGAACGAAAGUGAUGACGGUGAACUUGAACUUGAGCUUGACGAUAGUGAGAACGAUGGUAGUGUGAAUGAAGAGUAUCACUAUGGAGAUUAA